CCAAAACAAUUUUUUUUAAACAACAAGGAGAAAAUAUGGGGCGUACAGUUCUCUCUCAACUUCUCAUCCUUUCCAAUUCAUCUCACCGCCUCUCAUCGUCAGUGUCGUGUGGUGGACUUGGAAGUAAAUACAUGAAACGGCCUGGAUUCAUCCGUAAUAACCGUGCUAUAAUUGGAGACAAUGGCGCUGGUUUCCGUUGCCGCUGCACUGCCUCGCUCUCGCAGCAAGCUGUUCCCGGGACUUCUUCCACCUCGGUCAGGUUCGUUAUGAAGAAAUUAUUUCUGAUCCAACUUAUUUGGACUGAGUUUUGGCAGAAGGGGAUACUAAAGCUGCAGACAUAGCUGAUGCUACUCUCAAUAAUGUCUACCAGGCAAUGAGAUUCUUGCAAAGAUGAGUAAAGUGAUUUGUAUACAAACCUUAACGUGACUUUUAGAUGAUGCAUCAUCGCCCACCAUAUUUUUGGGGAAUAUACCCGUUGAAAUGUUCUAAAUGAGUGAAAGGGCUACUUUUUUGGAGGCCCACAUUUUGUUUGAUGAGGUUUCCUCUACCUCUCCUUUCCAGACAAGUGCUAUUUAUUUCCCUUAAUGUU